AAGCCAGUUUAUUUUUAUGAAAAGGAAAAUAUCACAAAGUUUAACGGAGAAAGAAAAAAAUAUGCACGGCCAAAUCUCCACGGAUACUCCGGUUGGUGUUCCGGCCGCUUUAGUAUGGGAUAUAUACCGUGGUCUCGAGCUCGGAAGGCUUGUCGAUAAAAUAGCACCGGAAGUUAUCGGAAGGGUUGAAAUCUUAGAAGGUGAUGGAGGCGUUGGAACCAUUGCCAAACUCACAUUUCCAUCUGCACCAGGAAGCGCUGAAAGUGGUUAUAUGAAGGAAAAAUUUACAAAGAUCGAUGAUGACAAUCGAGUUAAAGAAACCGAAUUGAUCGAAGGAGGAUACAAAGCGUUUGGAUUCGACUUGGUUCGUAUUCGAUUAGAGAUAAUUGAGAAAGAUUCUGAAUCAUGUACCGUCAGAUCAUCUAUAGAAUAUGAAGGAGAUGACAAGCUUGAGGAUCUUGUUCCCCAUCUGAGCGUUAAGCCACUGGAGACAAUGGCCGAAAUUGUGGGCAAACAUCUCUGUGAAAAUAAAUCCACUCAGUAGAUAGGCUUGUCACUUUUUAUUC